AUGUCCAACUCUCACGAGGGUUGGCCUUUCAUCCAUCGCUUGCUCAUAGACUUGUUCAAAUUCAUGGAGCCAUACCUGAGGAAUGAUGAACUAGGAGAAAUGGUUCGCUUUCUAUACAAAGGAACUCUAAGGGUCCUGCUGUUACUGCUUCAUGAUUUUCCAGAGUUCCUUUGUGGUUAUUAUUUCAGCUUCUGCAAUGUGAUCCCUCCGAGUUGCAUUCAAAUGCGAAACAUUAUUCUCUGUGCUUUUCCCCACAAUAUGGAGCUGCCCUAUCCUUUAACUCCCAACUUAAAGGUUGAUUUGGUCCCUGAAUCCAGCCAGUCACCAUGCAUCCUCUCUGAGGUUGAUGGUGCUAUCAAAGCAAUGCAAAUUAAGACUAAAAUUGAUGAGUAUCUCAAGUCAUGGAAAAAGGGAUCUCCACUUUUAGCGGAGCUAAACCAGAGUCUGCUGCUUCCCCAAAGCGAGGCUGCACUGGCUGGGACUCGGUACAAUGUACCCCUGAUCAACUCCCUCGUGCUUUACUUAAGCAUGCAGGCUAUCUACACCACUCUCGUGGAUGACUUUUCAGUCAGUCCUAUCAUGGACAUUUUCCAGGUUAUGAUAACAGAUUUGGAUCCAGAAGGGCGCUACCUUUUCCUAAAUUCAGUUGCCAACCAAUUACGCUACCCAAGCAGCCAUACCUUCUACUUCUCCUUGGUCCUUCUCUAUUUGUUUUCAAAAGCAAGCCAGGAUGUCAUUCAGGAGCAAAUAAUGAGGGUGUUGUUAGAGCGUCUCAUUGUCAAGCAACCUCAUCCAUGGGUCUUGCUGGCCACCUUUAUUAAGCUCGUUAAGGUAACCAUUUGGUAGAGUAGCUACAUAGAAUCCGACCAUUGAUUUUCUGUCGUUCUGUGCCUUUUUUUCUCUUUUGUCCAACUAAUCAUCAUUCUCUCUCAUUCUCUAGCAAUAUGGGUGAUAUUUCUGUAAAUUGAAUGGUUGCCUGCUCCCUGCAAAAUCCACAGAAUGACUUCUGGAACCGGCCAUUCAUUCGGCAUGAGCGUAAGAUUGUUGAUGAACUGUUUGAAUUACUGGCAAGACCCUAUGGCAGCAUGAUGACUAUGGAUGGUGGGAUGGUCCCAGGUGGGGUUUCUGAUAAUGCUCAUUGAAAUCUUCUUGGAAACAUUGAAAACCAAUCGGAUCUUACAUUCAUGGUGUACUGUAGUUAGUUUCUAUGGGUCUUUUCAGGGGCCAGGCAUCAGGAGCUCUGUAUUAUAGGUAAAUGAAAUUCUCAUAAUAGAAAGUCAUAUUGUGACUGUUUAUUCUGG